AUGACCGAUGCGGUGGUGGGCGGCAGCUCUGACCGGUGGAUGUGCCCCAGCGACAGGACCAUGUCUCUCCGGGCCAGGCUCCCUGCCGGCUGGGCAUCGCGGGGCGGCCAGCCCGACUGGCAGCGCAAGGGCGAGGAGCUGACGGACGAGGAGAAGGAGAUCAUCAACCGAGUCAUCGCCCGGGCUGAGAAGAUGGAGGAAAUGGAGCAGGAGCGCAUCGGGCGACUCAUGACCCGGCUGGAGGACAUGCGCCGGAGCGUGCUGGGGGACGGGGUGAACCGCUGCAUCCUCUGCGGGGAGCAGCUGGGGCCGCGGGGAUCUGCCUGCGUCGUCUGCGAGGACUGCAAGAAGAACGUCUGCACCAAGUGUGGGGUGGAGACCACCAACAGCCGGCCCCACGCCAUCUGGCUUUGCAAGAUCUGCAGCGAGCAGCGGGAGGUGUGGAAGCGCUCCGGUGCCUGGUUCUUCAAGGGUUUGCCCAAGCAAGUGCUGCCCCAGCCGAUGCCCAUCAACAAGAACAAGGGACCCCAAGCCCCGAGUGAGCCCAGCCCGCUGGAGCCAGCCGCCCAGGACCCAAAACUCCUCUCCCGCGCACCCACCCGAGGCCAGGCGGACACCCCGGCCGAGCAGGACUCCGAUGGCAGUGAUGUGAUGGCGGCUGCCCGGGGGAGCUAUGUGGUGCCCGGCCGCAAGAUGGCCGAGGGCAGGCCGGGCCCGUGCGGCAGCGAGCACGCUGGUGGCGAUGCCGACAGCCACGACUAUGCUGCCGAGAGCGGGGUCAGCAGGAGCCCUGGCGUGAAGCGGACCAACUCCCUGCAAGCCCCACGGCCGCCCCCGCCAGCUGCUGCUGGCCUCACUCCUGGUCCCAGUCCAGCAGCACCCCCAGCGGGAAGACCGGGUCCCGGGGCGGCUGGCCGGUUCCCGGAGAGACAAGUGAGCCCACCACUGGGACCCCCGGAGCCGGCCCGCACCGCCGCCAGGGAGGAGCGAGGAGGGGGCUAUGCCAUGCCCCCCGCCAGAGAGGAGAGGCCAGCCCGGCAGCCCCCCGCCUUCCCACAGCCCCCCGCUGUCCCACCAGCGCCUGCCGCCCCGCUGCGGCAGCAGCCCCAGGAGGAAGAGGAGGAGGAUGCUAAUAGCUAUGACUCUGAUGAAGGCACUACACUGGGAGCACUGGAGUUCAGCCUGCUCUACGACCAGGAGAACAGCUCCCUGCACUGCACCCUCAUCAAGGCCAAAGGCUUAAAACCAAUGGACUCAAAUGGUCUGGCGGAUCCCUAUGUCAAACUGCACCUCUUGCCUGGAGCCAGCAAGUCAAAUAAGCUGAGGACGAAGACCCUGCGCAACACCCGUAACCCUGUGUGGAAUGAGACCCUGGUGUACCACGGCAUCACAGAUGAGGACAUGCAAAGGAAAACCCUCAGGAUCUCCGUGUGUGAUGAAGACAAAUUUGGCCACAACGAGUUUAUUGGAGAAACUAGAGUUUCCUUGAAAAAACUGAAAGCCAAUCAGAAAAAGAACUUCAACAUCUGCUUGGAGAGAGUAAUACCAAUGAAGCGUGCUGGAACAACGGGCUCAUCCCGUGGGAUGGCACUAUACGAAGAGGAGGUAGAUCGUGGCGGGGAUGUGGAGGAGCGUGGGAAGAUCCUCGUGUCCCUCAUGUACAGCACCCAGCAGGGUGGCCUGAUUGUUGGCAUCGUACGCUGUGUGCAUUUAGCAGCCAUGGAUGCCAACGGAUACUCAGACCCUUUCGUUAAACUUUGGCUGAAACCUGACAUGGGAAAAAAGGCCAAGCACAAGACACAGAUUAAGAAGAAAACACUGAAUCCUGAGUUUAAUGAGGAGUUCUUCUAUGAUAUAAAACAUAGCGAUCUGGCCAAGAAGUCACUGGACAUUUCUGUCUGGGAUUACGACAUUGGAAAAUCGAAUGAUUACAUCGGUGGCUGUCAGCUUGGCAUUACGGCUAAGGGGGAGCGCUUAAAACACUGGUAUGAAUGUUUGAAGAACAAGGACAAGAAGAUUGAACGCUGGCACACCCUCCAAAAUGAGAACCACGUUGCCAGUGAUUAA